AUGUCUUCCUCUGACAGUCUUGGCGGCGAUAACCCGAUUGUUAUUGCCCCAGAGGUUACAUUUAAGAAGAGGAGGCUGAUUAACAAGAAGCCCGCGGCAUCGUGGGAGUUGAAACCUUUCGGAAACUCGGCGCGCGAUGACCCCAGCUUGGUCUUGAGACAUUGGAGGCGGAAAACGGAGGGUUCCGGUGCGCUUGCGCCCACGACAGAAGGCGAUCUUUCAAACGGCGGUGGAAGAAGGGGAGGCGAGGGCGUGUGCGAAGACUCUGCCUUUGCCAAAUACAACGUUCACGUCACCGUGCCGCAAUACAGCGACGAUCAGUACCGGCUCAACCUCCAGAGCACCGAAUGGACCAAGGACGAGACGGACUAUCUUCUACUAGUAGCCAAGGAGUUCGACCUGAGGUGGCCGGUGAUAUGGGAUCGAUACGACUUCGUUCCCUCAGCGCUGAACGGCGAGGCCGGGGCAGACGGAGAUGAGAGUAAGGCCAUCAUCCCGGCGCCCAAGGAGCGCACGUUGGAGGAGUUGAAGGCGCGAUAUUACGAGGUCGCAUCCAAGAUGAUGGUUCUCCAAAAGCCCGAGCAGUAUAUGACGGACGCCGAGAAAACCUUGUAUACUAGAUCGAGAGACGAGGCCAAAGAGGAAGAGUCCCUCCUGGUGGAGGUGCGGCGCAUCAUGGCCCGCAACGAGCGGUUCAACGAAGAGCGCCGCGAGCUUUAUAGACGCUUGGAUUAUCCUCACACGGACCAAGACAUUAGCAGCUUCAAGUCGAGCGCUGGGCUGCAGACCCUCUUGCAAAACCUGUUGGCUGUGGAUAAGUCGAAGAAGAGAAAGUCGAUUGCGCCAGCGGAGGGGACCAGCCCUUCGACCGCACCCGCGCCGCAGGCGACGCCAGUUACCGAGACCGCCCCGAACCGGCGGGAUAGCAUCGCAGCGUCAACUACCACUACCACAGCGGCAGCACCGCAAGGUCCAGGACACAAUCGGAGAGAAUCGAGCAGCACAGUACCUACCCAAACACCGACGACGACUUCAGGGAAGAAGGGCACUGCGCCGCAGGAGAAGAAGAAGCUGUCCCAGCAAGAGCAGACUCUCUACGGUGUUUCGCAUCACGACAGGCUAUCGUCUGGCCAGAUGCAGCUACGAAUCACCAACGUUCUCACCGAGUUGGACUUCCCAGCGAGGCUUACGAUGCCCACUUACAACAUUACCAGCCAGUACGAACGUCUCCUCUCGUCUAUAAUCAAUCUACUCGACGUUAGGAAACAAGGCGACAAGCUUGACUCCGAGCUCAAGGUUGAGCAGCAGAAGAAAGCUCUACGGGAAGCCGAAAACAAACCAGCAGAGGAAGCCAAUGCUAGUAAGGAUAAAGAAGGCGCCGAAGCAGGAGCAACCGAAGAUUCUGCGGCGAAUGCUAGUGCGGCUACGGGCGAGGUGUCGGAGAAGUCUGGCGAUGCCGCGCAAAGCGAAAAACGGCUGAGAAGGCGGAAGCAGCCACUGGCGCCGACGGCGCAAGCGGGGGUCAGAUGA